UCUCUCUCUGUUGCAUUCUUUGCCAGGAGCUCCCAGCUCCACUAGGAUCUUUUUUAGCUGGGCUGGAGUGUAUCAGGACUUUAAGAUGAUGCUGGAUCCUCAUAACAUAUCCAUGUGACUGGGAGCUUCUCGUUGUUUAAAGUGUUAGUCUUAGGAUCAGAGCUGAAGAUUCCAUCCACCCAGGAAGGCCUUGGGCUAUCUGAAGAAGACAGUGUGAUACACAUAAUCACCCAAUUCUUUUUCUAUGGGAAGAACGGUGGGAUUUACCAAUAACCAACGCGUUUCACAUUCUUGAUUGACCUUGAACAGGAAUAAAUCGAGGACUGUUAACAUUUACAUUACCAAAAAUGAAGGACUUUUGUUUACAUGGCAUCCUCCUGUCCCUGAGCUUUGUGUAUUUUAGUAAUGCCACGCCGAUGGAAAGAAAUGGGAAAAUGAGGCAAUCGUAUCAUGGACGACAUGAAAAGGGAAAAGAAGGGCAGGUCCUACAUCGGUCAAAGAGGGGGUGGGUUUGGAAUCAGUUUUUCGUAAUAGAGGAAUAUACCGGACCAGAUCCUGUACUUGUUGGACGGCUUCACUCCGACGUCGAUUCCGGAGAUGGGAAGAUAAAAUACAUACUCUCAGGGGAAGGCGCUGGGACCAUUUUCGUUAUAGAUGACAAAUCAGGGAACAUUCACGCAACCAAGACUCUGGACAGAGAAGAAAGGGCUCAAUAUACAUUAAUGGCUCAAGCCGUGGAUAGGGAGACCAACAAACCCUUGGAACCGCCAUCUGAAUUUAUUGUGAAGGUCCAGGAUAUAAAUGAUAAUCCUCCAGAGUUCUUGCAAGAGAACUAUCAUGCUAGAGUGCCAGAGAUGUCCAGUGUGGGUACAUCAGUCAUCCAGGUAACAGCUUCGGACGCAGAUGACCCUACAUACGGAAAUAGCGCCAAACUAGUUUACAGUAUUCUCGAAGGGCAACCAUAUUUUUCCGUCGAAGCACAAACAGGAAUUAUUAGGACAGCGCUCCCUAACAUGGACAGAGAAGCCAAGGAAGAAUAUCACGUGGUCAUUCAAGCAAAAGAUAUGGGAGGUCACAUGGGUGGUCUUUCAGGGACAACCAAAGUUACAAUAACACUGACAGACGUCAACGACAACCCACCAAAAUUUCCACAGAGUGUAUACCCCAUGUCCGUGUCAGAAGCAGCUAUUCCGGGAGAUGAAGUAGGGAGAAUAAAAGCCAAAGACCCUGACAUCGGAGAAAACGGCUUAAUAGAGUACCGCAUCCUAGAAGGGGAUGGAGCUCAGAUGUUUGAGAUCACUGCAGAUUAUCAAACGCAGGAGGGGAUUGUAAAACUUAAAAAGGUUGUUGACUAUGAAACCAAGAAGUUUUACAGUAUAAAAGUCGAAGCUCGCAACAUCCACAUUGAUCCUAAAUACAUCAGUAAAGGUUUAUUCAAAGACACCGCCACUGUGAAGAUUUCAGUAGAAGACUUUGAUGAACCUCCGGUGUUUUUGGAACCUGGGUAUAUUCUGGAAGUAUAUGAAAAUGCCCCCGAAAAUACAGUUGUUGGCAGAGUACACGCGAAAGACCCCGACGCGGCAAACAGUCCUAUUAGGUACAGCAUCGAUCGGCACACUGACCUUGACAGAUUUUUCAGCGUAGACUUGCAGGAUGGUAUCAUCAAAACCCUGAAAGCUUUAGAUCGUGAAGAGGGCGCUUGGCACAACAUCACAGUCAUAGCAACUGAAUUCAAUAACAAUCUCCAUGAGACCAGAGUCCCAGUGGCAAUCAGAGUUUUGGACAAGAAUGACAAUGCCCCCGAAUUAGCAAAACCCUAUGAAGCGUUCCUCUGCGAAAAUGCCCAAAUUAAUCAGCAUUUAUUGACGAUAACAGCUAUUGAUAAGGACGAUACGGCAAAUGGCCCACGCUUUUUCUUCAGCUUCCCGGCGGAAAUUGUUCAUCCCAAUCAAAAUUUUACCAUAAGGGACAACAGAGAUAACACAGCCAGCAUUCACGUGGGUCGCGGAGUGUUCAGCCGCCAGAAACAAGACUUCUACCCACUCCCCAUCGUGAUAAGCGACGGUGGAAGCCCCCCAAUGAGCAGUACCAACACUCUCACGAUCCGUGUCUGUAGCUGCAGCGAUGGAACGGUGCUGUCUUGCAAUGCUGAGCCUCAAUCUCUUAAUGCUGGCCUAAGUACUGGAGCAUUGAUCGCCAUUCUUGCCUGUAUCGUGAUUUUAUUAGUGAUCGUGGUUCUCUUUGUCGCACUGAGGAGAGAAAAGAAGGAGCCGCUCAUUGUGUUUGAAGAAGAAGAUAUCAGAGAAAAUAUAAUUACGUACGAUGACGAAGGCGGUGGAGAAGAAGACACGGAAGCUUUCGACAUUGCUACGUUACAGAACCCCGAUGGAAUUAAUGGAUUUAUGCCACGGAAAGACAUAAAGCCUGAGUUCCAGUACCCACCAAGAGAACUUGGAAUGAGACCAGCUCCGAAUAGUGUUGAUGUUGACGAUUUCAUCAACACGAGGAUACACGAGGCCGAUAAUGACCCGACUGCACCUCCUUAUGACUCCAUCCAGAUCUACGGGUACGAAGGGCGAGGUUCAGUGGCUGGCUCUUUAAGCUCAUUAGAGUCAGCGUCUACAGAUUCCGAUUUGGACUAUGACUAUCUACAAAACUGGGGACCUCGGUUUAAGAAACUAGCAGACUUAUAUGGCUCCAAAGACACUUGCGAAGACGAUUCUUAACAAUAAACUUCUAAAUUUGGCCUUAAGAACUGUGUAAUGUACUCAAGUAUUCAGAGUAAACAUUAACAGGUAUUUUUUUAAAAUAAGAAAAGAAAAAAAAAGGCUUAUUUAACCUUGAGAGGUUUACAGACAGGAUUCCUUCACGAACACGAACUUUAUAGUGGUGGUGGUGGAUACUGUAAGGACCAUGUGACCUGUGUAGAUGUUUUCUAGAACAAAACCACUUUAAAAAAAAAAUAAAAGGCAAAGCAGGAACCACUUAGUGUAAAGGGAAUAUCUUUACAGUGUGUAAAAUAGUCAUCAACUUUUAUUUCAAACAAAGCUUCCACAAGAUAGAAAGGAUACCAGUUUUGAGCUGUAAUGUCGCCUUAAACUAUGGACACUUUAUAUGUAGUGCAUUUUUAAACUUGAAGAGAAAAUAUAAUCUGCCAGCUUAAACCCAUAUAAUGUAUGUACAGUAAUAUGUACAAUUAUAAUGUCUAUUGAGCAUCAGACUUGUUACUGCUGAUUCUUGUAAAUCUUUUUUGCUUAUAAUCCCGUCUUAAACUAAUACGUGCCGGAUAAGCACCUGAUUUCUAUGUCAUUUUUAAUGUAUCUAUUUGUACAAUUUUAAAAUUCUUAUUUUAGUAUACAUACAAAAUAUCAGUAUUCUGACAUGUUACGGCAUCACACAUAUAUUUUAUGAACAUCGUACUGUUGCUUUAAUAUGUGCUUCAAUAUAAGAAGCAAUCUUUGAAAUAAAAAGGACCUUUUUUAUUUCUUU